ACACAGCACAACCCACUGCACGCUCGCAUGGUGACGUAAUCCCGUGAAAGAGCACGCGCUCUUCGCAACAAUGUCGCGCACCAAAACACAUCAGCGCCGUCCAUCCAGCCGAACCCGAUCCCGAGCCCAAUGAGACCCAAAUCUGCCGCAGCUCGAGGAUUUCUAUCAGGAACAUUUAGAGGGGGAUAUGGCUGCUCAAGAACCAUCUCCACCCUCCUCCAUGGAGAACAACAAGCCAGGGUUUCCCAAAAAGAUCCUGGCCAAUAAACUUGAAGACAAACAUUUAUGCAACUGCUGUCAGAACAUUUUGAGGAGACCGUUACAAGCUCAAUGCGGCCAUCGCUUUUGCUCUUACUGCUUCAACCGGACUGUGGGGUCUGGACCACAGAAGUGUGGCGCUUGUAUCAAAGAGGACAUCUUUGAAGAGCCUACAUCAAUUCUCAAACAAGGCUGUGCGUUUCCAGACAACGCGGCUAGAAGAGAGGUGGAAAAUCUCCCAGCCGUCUGCAUCAGUGAGGGAUGCUGUUGGAAGGGAAGCAUCAAAGAUUACGAGGUGAACCAUGAAGGGAAAUGUGAGUUCAUGAUUCUGGCCUGUUCCCUGUGUAAAGAGCUCAUCAGACUGAACGAACAGGAACGUCACAAUGAACGUGAAUGCCCCGAGAGAACCCUCAACUGUAAAUACUGUAAAGAGCCAUUUCACUUCAAAAACAUCAAGGCACAUGAUGAAAUCUGUCCCAAAUAUCCCAUGAUCUGUGAAGGAUGUGCCAAGAAGAAAAUCCCAAGAGAAAAAUAUUUUGAUCACAUCAAGUUCUGCAGUAAAUUCAGGACACCGUGCAGAUAUCAUGUGGUCGGCUGUGAUAUGUUGGUGGAAAAGGAGAAGAUCCACGAGCACGAGCGAGCCUGCGCCCACGACCAUCUCAACCUGCUGCUGCACUGCAUCAUGGGAAUGAAGGUCAGUCUGGAGGGUCUGCAGCCUCAGAAUCUGGAACUGGCGGGUCACAAAGCGCUCGAGCUCCAUAAGGCUCUGAGAGACCUGGAGGCCAGAGUCAGUCAGCUGAGCGCCAUCGCGGGCCCGUCCGGACCUCCCGUGCAGGGGGUCCCCUCAUCUUCCUCCUCCACCCCGUCGUCCUCUGCGUCUGCCUCCGGGCAGCCCCCUCCUCCUCUGCCCACCUCCUUCACCCCUCUGCCCAGCACGGUGGGCGCCGCCCUGGAGCUUCAGCUGCACAGCGAGAAGACCAAAGUGGCAGAACUGGCCCGGCGCUGUCAGGAGAUGGAGGUGAAGGCGGGGACGUUUGAAGACGUGGUGUGCGUGCUGAACCGUGAGGUGGAGCGCUUCGCCACAACCAUAGAAGCAAGCAACCGGCAGCACAGGCUGGAUCAAGACAAAAUAGAGGCUCUUAGUAACAAGGUGCGUCAGCUGGAGAGACAGGUGGGUGUUAAGGAUCUCACGGUGGCUGAGAUGGAGGGCAGGUUACGAGAGAUGUCUGCUACCACUUUUGAUGGCGUCUUCAUCUGGCGAAUAUCAGACUUCACUAAAAAGAGACAAGACGCUGUCGCUGGACGAGCUCCUGCUAUGUUUUCACCAGCAUUCUACACCAGUAAAUACGGCUAUAGGAUGUGUCUGCGCAUCUAUCUGAAUGGAGACGGAACGGGCCGUGGGUCUUAUCUGUCUCUGUUCUUCGUGGUCAUGCGGGGGAUGAGUGACGCUCUUCUCAAAUGGCCCUUCAACCAGAAGGUCACCCUGAUGCUGCUGGACCAAAGUAACAGAGAGCACAUCAUCGACGCCUUUCGGCCCGACAUCACCUCCUCAUCAUUCCAGAGGCCGGUCAGCGAGAUGAACAUCGCCAGCGGAUGUCCUCUCUUCUGUCCGCUGUCCAAGCUGGAGGGCAAGAACUCUUACAUCCGUGACGAUACCAUCUUCAUCAAAGCCAUCGUGGACCUCACCGGCCUUUAGCU